GGAUCACAAACCCUACACACACCUUUACCUUCAUUUCAUCUUCCUAAUCCCAUUAUAUAAUCAUCUUCUUCAUACUUUUUACGAUUCUCAAACGAUUUUCAUUCUUCGCUACCAAAUUUAGGUUUCUUGGUUCAGAUAUGCCUUAUAGGGUAGAAAUGGGGGUAUAUCUGAGCACCCCCAAAACUGAGAAGGCCUCAGAAGAUGGCGAGAAUGACAAACUAAGAUAUGGUUUGUCAUCCAUGCAAGGGUGGCGCUCAACCAUGGAAGAUGCUUCUUUGACAUAUUGUAGGGGAAAUUGUAAUGGUUUGGUUUUGCGCAAAGAAGAUUAUGGAGUGCAGCUGUUGGGACAUCAUGCAGCUCAUCUGGAUUUGGACACAUCCACGUCUUUCUUUGGUGUUUAUGAUGGCCAUGGAGGUAAGGUGGUUUCAAAGUUCUGUGCCAAGUAUCUUCACCAACAGGUUCUCAAGCAUGAAGCCUAUUUGGCUGGGGAUUUAGGCACUUCUCUUCAAAAAUCUUUUCUCAGAAUGGAUGAGAUGAUGUGUGGACAAAGAGGUUGGAGAGAAUUAGCCAUAUUGGGAGAUAAAAUGAACAAAGUUGGUAGUAUGAUAGAAGGUUUAAUAUGGUCCCCAAGGGGUGGUGAAGCUAAUGGCCACGUUAAUGACUGGCCAUCUGAGGAGGGACCCCACUCUGAUUUCCAUGGACCAACUUCUGGAAGCACAGCUUGUGUUGCAAUCAUUCGGAACAACCAACUUUUUGUUGCAAAUGCUGGUGAUUCCCGUUGUGUAAUAUCUCGAAAGGGUCAGGCAUAUAAUUUGUCUAGAGACCACAAGCCUGACCUCGAGGCUGAGAAGGAUAGGAUUGUGAAGGCUGGUGGUUUUGUCCAAUAUGGACGGGUCAAUGGAAGUCUAAACUUAGCAAGAGCAAUUGGUAUUUCGUCUCUCUAUUUUCUGUUGUUAUUAAAGGCGAUAGGCGCACCAAGGCGCCAAGGUCUCCUGGGGCCUAGGCUCAAGGUGCAAGGCGAGGCGCAGACUUCCCCAAGAGACAUGGAAUUGAAGCAGAACAAAUCACUGCCUGCUGAGAAGCAAAUUGUGACUGCCAAUCCUGAUGUAAAUACGGUGGAGCUUUGCGAUGACGAUGAAUUUCUUGUAAUAGCGUGUGAUGGUAUAUGGGAUUGCAUGUCAAGCCAGCAAGUAGUGGACUAUGUACAACACCAGUUGAAUGCUGAGACAAAGCUUUCUGUGGUGUGUGAGAGGGUGCUUGAUAGGUGUCUGGCACCGUCAGCAGGUGGUGAGGGAUGCGACAACAUGACCAUGAUCUUGGUUCAGUUCAAGAAACCAUUAAACUCUGGUGUUUCUUCCAAUGAACAGCCUGUGCUCUUGUCCCCUAGGGUUUAAACUUUAUGAUGACUGGUGGUUCAAAUCCAAUUUCGUUACAAGCAAGGCUCACGACUACAAAAAUUGUGGAUCUUUACACGUGUUUGUACAUGUUAAAAGGUUUCCAUUUUAAAGGGAGUGGCUUCAGGGCAGCCUCGUGUAUAUUUUUGUGUUUUGAACUUUUUGAUUCUUAGGACUAAACAUGAAUUUCUUCCACGGGGAAAUUGAAUGAUCUGCAAAAGAAAUAUUAUAUUUUUGCAUGAUAGUUUCUAUUUGGAUAUGUGAGUGCAUUGGAUUGAAUGUGAAAA